AUGCGUCGCAACUUCUGUGGUGGUGCCACCUGGGCGGAUGACCAGUCCUCUUACAACAUCUACCUCUAUGGCGGAUUUGGGUUUGGAGAGAACGUCACAGGCUUCGACGACGUCUACAUCCUGACCAUGCCGACCUUCGAAUGGAUCAAAUGGUAUCCGACCACGCCCGGGCCCGGCUCGCCGCAUGGCCUGCUUACAUGUAAUGUCAUUGACAGAGGGCAAAUGAUCGUCAUGGGAGGCAACUUCACAAACAGCACGGCCUGCGACGUGCCCGCCAUCCAAGGCCAGCAUAACCUGAACCUGGGCCAGUAUGACAGCACCGACGCCAAAUGGUAUCCGUACCUGCCGAAUCUCACCGAGUACCUUGUCCCACCAGCAAUCCUGCAAGUUGCAGGUGGCACACCUGAAGGCGGCGCCAUUAACAAUGCUCCAGUGACGGGAUGGAGCGACGAUCGGUUGUCUGUGUAUUUCGGCGAGAAGGCUGUCGUCUCCUCACGCACGCCGACUCGCGCCCUGCCUAGCGCGACAGCAACGCCUCCGCCUCCGACGCCGACUCCUACCCACCGGCCGAGCAAGAAGACCGAGACGGGAGCGAUCGUAGGGGGCACCGUCGGUGGUGUUGCUGCCCUAGUGCUCGCGAUCGCGAUCGUGUGGUUCUGCGUGAGGAGGUAUAAGAAGAAGAAGAAGGCUAACCAAGCAGGGCCGGCAACAACACCUGUCCCCGGCGUCGCGCAGGCUUUUAGUCCCACCUCGCUGCAGCCGCAGUACGUGGUCGAGAAGCAUUCGACGACGGUGGGUUCGCCGGGUUCGACCACCAGCCGCGUCGGCUCACCCAGCGACCAACUACACUCGUCGCAGUACAGCACGCCGCCGCCGCCUCCACCGCCUACCCUGAUGCCGCACCCGGACUACCCGAACUACUACUACGCCGCGACGGCUCCGUUGCCUGGCCAGCAGCAGCAGCCGCCGCCGCCGCCGACGCACUAUUACCCGGUCGCGAUCCCCGGCCAGCAGCAGCAUGGCAUGUUUGCGUACCCGGCACAAGGGGGCCAGCCGAUGGCAGGUCCCAUGCCAUUCUACCCGCCGCCCGCAGACCCGAUACGCACGCAGAGCCACGAGAUGCCGACUGUGCGCAGUCCUGAAAUCGUCCAGGUCCACCAGCCCAAGCCGGUGAGGCCGCCUGAGGUCCUGGAGCAGUGA